ACAGCAUGUAAUACAAUAUUUUAGUAUAAUACACAAUAUAGUAGUGAAGUGCACCGACCUAUAGAUUCACGUUCAUUUCGUCAUUUAUUAUUUAUGAGUAAAAGAACAAUGUCUUCAUUACGUACACAAUCAAGUGGUGGUGCAGUGGUUGGUUUUAGCAGUGUUGGUUCUGAUCGUACUGGUGGUACAUCAACAGCUGGUGGUUCACAUUCACAUUCUCAUUCACAUAGAAAACAUCAUCAUCAUCAUAGAAGUAGAAGUGCACCAAGAACACCUGAUAAACCACCACGUAAACGUCAUUUAAAUACUGGACAAAGUCUUGCAUCAAUACCAAGUCAAAUUAAACUUUCAAUGCUCAACAGUGGUUUGAUAUCAUUUGCUGUCGAGGAGCUUGGGGGUAUACAAACAACUUUACCAUCAGCACCAACACCACUAUCACAAUAUCCAAAACUUUGUGAAUUACGACGUAAAUUUCCAGUUUUGUAUCGUGUUGAAUUUCAGACUGCAGCUAAGGUUGAAUCACACUCUUGUAUACAUGCAAAAAGAUUAUCAAAUAGAGAAAAAAAUCAAAAUCAACGUUGUAUUCCAUAUGAUUACAACAGAGUUGUUCUUGACACAAUUGAAGGACAGUCAGAUUCUGAUUACAUCAAUGCAUCUUAUGUAGACAGUAUAUUAAAGCCAAACGCUUAUAUUGUAACUCAGGGGCCUAUUGAGACAACAGUCACUGAAUUUUGGCGUAUGGUAUGGCAAGAAAAAGCAUCUUGUAUUGUCAUGUUGACAAAAACAUUUGAUUUUAUAAAGGUCAUGUGUGUACAAUAUUGGCCACCAAAUACCGACAAGGAUGAAGAAUAUGGUGGCAUUGGUGUAUCAGUUUUAAAAGAAGAAGAACUUGCAAAUUUUCACAUACGAACAAUAAAACUUUGGAAGAAAAAUGACAAGGGAGAAAUCAGUGAAGAACGUACAUUGUUGCAAUUUCAUUAUACAGAAUGGCAUUCACAUACAUGUCCAUUUGGUAAUGCAGUUAUUGAAUUUAGAAGACGUGUUAGAGCUGUUGUUGGUUCAACAAUUAAAAAUGAAUCUGGUCCAAUGGUUGUACACUGCAAUGAUGGAGGUGGUCGUUCAGGUGUUUAUUUGGCAAUUGAUGCUAAUAUGGAAUUGGCUGAGGAAGAAGAUGCAUUUGAUGUAUUUGGUUAUUUAAAAAAAUUAAGACAAAGUAGACGAGGGCUUAUUGAAAAUAUGGAUCAAUAUAAAUUUAUCUAUGACACCCUGGAGGAAUUUGUCAUAUGUGGAGCAUCAUGGUUUCCAGUAUCAGAGUUAUCACAAAGACUAAAGCAAAAAAGUGUUAAAAAUCCAAUAACAAAAAUGAAUGAAUAUCAACGUGAGUAUGCACAAAUUUGUAAACAAACACCAAGAUUUACAAUUGGUGAUUGUGCUGGUGGACAUCGUGCUGAUAAUCGUGAAAAAAAUCGUGAUGUUUUAGUUGUACCACCUGACAACUUUCGGCCUUAUCUCACGAGUUUCCAAGGUAACAGUUUCACCGACUACAUUAAUGCAGUCUUUGUUGACGGAUAUACUAAACCACGUGAAUAUAUUGUAACUGAAUGGCCAUUAAAACAUACUUGUGGUGAAUUUUGGUCACUUGUUUAUGAUUAUGAAUGUUCAGCUGUUGUUGUACUAUGUGUACCACCAACAACAUCAACAAAUUUUCCAAGUUUUUGGCCAGAAGGAAGACAUUCAAAAAAAUAUGGUCCAGUAUUUACAAUUGAUCAUAUUAGCCAUAAUCAUUAUACAAAUAUCAAAACUUGGGUAUUUCGAAUAAAUAAAAAAAUAGUAUCAUUGACUGAAUUGAUGGCGGGUGUUAAAGCACCACCAAAAACAGUACAAUUAUUUCAAUUAACAUGUUGGCCAAUGGGACAAGCAGUACCAACAUCAACAAAUAGCCUUGUUGAAUUGAUGAAUAUGGUUGAACGUUGGCGUCAAAGAACAGAUUAUGGUCCAGUUGCUGUUGUAUCACCAGAUGGACGUAGUCGUUGUGGUGUUUAUUGUGCAGCAAAUGCAUGUAUUGAACAAGUUAUACAACAUGGUGAAGUUGAUAUAUUUCAAGCUGUUAAAACUGUACGUCGUCAUAGACCACAACUUGUUGGUAAUAUGACGGAGUAUAAAUACUGCUAUGAUUUGGUACUACAUUAUGUAUUGCAUUAUUUAAAUAAGGAUAUGAAUGAAAAAAAGUGAGAAAGCGAGUUGAGGGACGAGCUAUGGUUUAUUGAAUUUGGACGUGGUGCUGCAUUACCAUUAACACCAGAUGAACAACCAAUUAUAAAUGAUGGUGAUACAAUAAUAAUACCAUGUGCACAAGGACGUAUUGUUAUUGAAACAGCACAUCCAGCACCACCACAUUUUGCAACAUGUUCAACAUACAGACAUCAUACACUUGUUGUUUGUGAUUCAACAAAUAUUAUACAAAAACAAUUACAAUUACAAUUACAACAACAAAAUAAACAACAAUCAUUAUCACCACCACAAUCAUUGUCAUCACCAUCACCACUCCAACAACAACAAAAUUCAACAUUUAUAGAUUCAUCAUCAUUAAAUAAUAUUAAUCAACAAUCAUGUCUUGGUGCUGUAUCAAAAAAAUUAUAUCAACGUCAAUAUACAAUAAAUAAUAAUAAUAAUAAUAAUACAUCAUUAAGACCAGAAGAACUUGAUAUAACACCAUUUUAUUUUGAUGAUAAUGAUGCAAUAAUAAAUGAUGAUAAUUACUAUUAUGAUAAAUGCUCGAAUCCCUCAUCAUCAAAAAAUAAUUAUAAUUAUAAUGAUAAUAAUAUAACACGACGACCAAAUAUAUAUUCAAUAAUAAAAGACGAUAGUGGUGAUAGUGAUAUUAUACAACAACAACAUACACAAACAAAAUUACCAAGAAAAGCAUAUAUGGAUUUAAAUGAUGCAAUUGCAUUACUCGAUGAAACAUGUCCAAAUCCAGAUGCAAGUCCUUCAUUGAUAACUAAAAAACAACACGAGUUAUUAAAUACACGUAAUAAACGUGCACGUUCAAAAAGUAGUGAUAAUAGUAAAAAUUUAAGUUGUGAAAAAAUAAAUGAUAAUAAAAAACGUCCAUUUUUACGUAAAAUUGGUAUAUCAAAAACUGAAGAUAGACCAUUUUUAUUAUCAAAAUUAACACCACGUAUUAUUGGUAAACCAUAUUUAGAAAAAAUUGGUCCAAGUAAAGCUGUUGAAAGGCCAUUUUUAGAUAAAAUUGGUCCAUCAAGAACACUUGAUAAAUUUACAUUUGAAGCACUUAAAGAAUUACCAAGAUCAAUGAUUAGAAGAACACAUACAACUGUUGAAACAUCAACAAUACAAAGAACUAAAAGUGAUUAUCCAAAAGAUAAUAAUGUAUUAGUUGUUGAAGAAGCUGAAGAACCUGAAACAUCAUCAUUACCAUCAUUACAUAAUAAUACUAAUAAUUAUCAUCAACAUCAUCAUCACAGUGGUGGUGGUGGUAUUGAAAGAAAACGUAGUGGUAAAGGACUUUUAUUAAAAAUGUAUUCAUUUGAUUCAGAUGAUUUAAAUGAUGUUCCAUCAACGUCAAUGAAAAUAAAUCAAUCAUCACUUGAUAAAACAAAUGAAGAAAAUGAAAAUCAAGAUGAAAAUAAACAAGUAGAAAUUGUAAAUGAAUUACAACAAGAAGAAAUUGAAUAUAUAGAAAAAGAAGAAGAAGAAAUAA